AUGAAGGCUAGCGACUCCAACGUCAUCUGUCUUGAUGAGAACUAUGAAAAAGUCAAGAAUCGGGUUGAGAUCACUCACGCUUCAACGCAUUUCGUUUAUACUGUGGAGGUGAUAGACACCUUUUUGAGGGAGGGGGAGUCGGAGCGUACAAAGGCGUUGGACAAUUGCAUGAUACUCUGGUUCCGUUCUCGUCGCUCAAACCGGGCAGGCACCUGGUAUAUGUUUGGCAAGGUCGCCUACUUCUCUUACGUGGCGUGCAGAUCGGCUGAUUACUGCUGUACCUCACCCAGUUCCUCCCGGGGCUGCCUUCUUCUCUGUAAAGUGGCUCUCGGUAAAACUCACGACAGUUUAGCUGCCAGCACCUCUUGA